AUGGCAGUCAAAACUGACAUGAGCAAGGCUUAUGAUCGUUUGGAAUGGGGUUUCAUUAAAGCAGUAAUGGAUAGAAUGGGCUUCAACCAUACUUGGAUUCAGUGGAUCAUGCAAUGUAUUAAUACAGUAGAAUAUUCUUACCUUCUGAAUGGCCAAGCUCGUGGUGUAGUCACUCCGGAAAGAGGGAUCCGUCAAGGAGACCCUCUGUCGCCCUACCUCUUUAUCAUGUGCAGCGAGGUUCUCUCUGGUCUAUGUUCGAAAGCUCAAUCCCAAGGUGAUCUACUUGGUAUACGCGUUGCAACAAAUAGCCCCCGGGUAAACCACCUGUUAUUUGCUGAUGAUACUAUGUUCUUCUGUCAUUCUGAUGCUCAAAGCUGCUCCACACUGAAAUCCAUCCUACAGCUUUAUGAGAAUGCUUCAGGUCAGCAAAUAAACCAAGAUAAGUCAUCUAUCACUUUCUCUGCAAAGACCCCAUCCCCGAGUAAAGAGGUUGCAAAGAGGAUACUGGGAAUUCAAAAAGAGGGAGGUCAAGGCAAGUAUUUAGGUUUACCUGAGCUCUUUGGUCGAAAGAAAAAAUAUCUCUUUACUGCAAUUGUGGAUAGGAUAAAGCAAAAAGCCUUAAGCUGGUCAUCCAAGUUCCUCUCCUCUGCUGGUAAACUCACCAUGUUAAAAGAUAUCCCAGCAUUCAAUGAUGCUCUUCUUGCAAAAAUCAGUUUGUGCCUCCUAACAUGUCCAACUUGCCUCUUAGCCAGAGUCCUCUUAGGAAAAUAUUGCCAAAACUCAACCCUCCUAAACUGUGCGGUCCCAAAUUCAGCUUCUCAUGGGUGGAGAAGCAUUUGCAUUGGGAGAGAUCUCUUCAAAACCAAUGUCGGACGCCUCAUUGGCUCCGGUAGGUCUACCCCUCUGUGGAGUAGUCCUUGGUUAUCCCUGGACACCCCCUUAACCUCUGUAGGUCCACCAACAGAGGACUCAGCCCUUUGGACAGUGGCGGAUCUCAUCGAACCUGGAUCCUCGUCAUGGAACAUUGAUCUAAUCAGGCAAGUGCUCCCUGCAUAUGAAUCCGAAAUACUCAAGUUAAAACCAAGCAAACAGGGGGCAAUUGACAAAUGGGCUUGGCUCCCAUCACAAGAUGGCAUAUACUCCACCAAAUCAGGAUACUAUACUGCUCAAUCAGAUAGUUCAAACCAGAGCUUACCUCCUAAUCACAGAACCCCCCCCCCUUUCAACUGGCACGUAAAUAUCUGGAACCUAAAGACCUCUCAGAAAACAAAAAUGCUGCUGUGGAAGAUCAUUCAACAAGCCAUUCCAGUUGGAGCUAACCUCACCCGCCGAAAAGUUGCAGAGGAUUCAAAAUGCCCACACUGUAAUGCAACUGAAUCUGAAUUACACCUGUUCUUCACCUGCCCAUUUGCAAUUAGGCUCUGGAAUUUGGGCCCUUUUAGCUCUACCUUCUCCCCAGAACAAUUGUCGUCUACAACGGAAGGACUCCUGAAGGCAAACCAACUGAUCUGCUUACUGCCUUCGGGAAUUGGCAAUGGACCCCUUUCACCGUGGAUCUUCUGGACCCUAUGGACGACGCGGAAUAAGCUGAUCUUCAACAAGGAAAAAUUAUCUGCGGAGGAAGCUCUUCAUCUAGCCAUCAUCAGAGCAAAAGAAUGGCAAUUAGCACAAUCGGAAAAAGGAUGCAAACCACUUAAUCCAAAAAUCCCUUUACCCCCAAAUCGACCACAAGCAAGUGAGGAAGUAAUCACCUGCUUCACAGAUGCCUCGUGGAUCGCAGAACCAAAAGCAGGCCUGGGUUGGGUCUUCAAAGACUAUCAAGAUCGGACCCUCAAGCAAGGCGCAGAUCUAGCUCUCAACGUCUCUUCCCCUCUGUUGGCCGAAGCGAUAGCAACUCUUACCGCGGUAGAAGUUGCAAUCGCUUCGGGUUAUACACAUCUCUCGGUAGCCUCAGACUCACAGCGGUUAGUCAAGGCAUUAAAUUUGAAGAUCCACUCUAAGGAACUUCACGGGAUUCUCCAUGAUAUCCUCGAUCUAUCUCGUAAUCUCUCUGUUUGUAGUUUUCAUUUUAUUCCCAGAAAUCAGAACCAAAUCGUUGAUGCUCUAGCUAAGAGAGCCCUAGAUUUAUCUCUCUCUUGUACCUGA